CAAUUUUUGACCGCCAGGGGCCAAGUCAAGGCCAAAUGUCAAAAAUGAUUUAACCUAACCUAGAAAUUAUCAAAUUGGGUUUUAAAAUCUAAAAUGCAGCCAAAUCGAGGGGAUGAACCUGAGGGCCAGCACUUAUCUGAUCCAAGGCACCGCCAAUACUACAAAUUUAGCCCAGAAGAGGUGCGAGUUAUAAAAGAAUGUAACCGGGAGAGUUUUUACCAGAGGUGCUUGCCUCUCGGUGCUAUUUUAGGCGUCUCCACUUAUUACGGAGUUAAAGCAGGUUACCUUCGGGGUAAUCCCCGGUUUGGGGCUUUCCCCAAAGUCACGGUUUCAGUGAUUGUGGGAUACUUCCUCGGGAAAUUUUCGUAUCAGACGAAAUGUGCGGAAAAACUAAUGCAAUUGCCAAAUAGUCAAAUUGGUGAAAUGUUGAGGAGAAGGAGACAAGGCACUUUCCAGGAGAGUUUAGAACCCGGUUUUGGGCCUGGAAUGUCUUUAGGGCCGUUCAGUGGUAUCUCGUCAUCAGAUACCUACACUGACUUAGGGCCUGGUAAUAGUGUUGAUAUUGAUACUAGCAGACCACAGUUUGAUGGAUUAGAUGAUGCGCAAAGACCCUCAAUUGAUAAUCCAAUUUAUGAAGAAGAAAUGCCUCCAGUUCAGAAACAAGUGACUACUUACGAUGAGUUGAGAAAAAAGAACAGAGAGGAAUACCAACAGAAACGAACUUUAAGUUACAGGGAACCUGCAAAGAGUGCCCCUCCACCAUCGCCUGGUCCUACGACACCGUCAGAUGUUUCAGAAGGAAUCAAAAAUAAAUAUGGGGAUGUGUGGGGGUAACAUAAGUAUUAAACUGUAAUAAAUGAGUAAAAGUCUGCUUAAUAAAAUGGAUGUAGAGUA